AUGACAAAUCUUAGAGAAAACUUUUGGAUAUUAAAAUCCAGGAAAAGUAUUCGAAAUAUUAUCAGAAAAUGUGUAAGAUGUAAAAGAUUUGUUGCACAAAGAGUGGAAGUCGAGCCAGGAUUUCCACCCGAAGACCGAGUCAGAGAAGGGUCGACUUUUGAAGUCGUCGGUGUAGAUCUAGCAGGUCCCCUCUAUCUCCGUGAGGGGUCUAAAGCGUGGAUAGUCUUGUAUACGUGUGCCAUUUAUAGAGCCAUUCACCUCGAACUAGUUACUUCUCUAUCUACAGAAACUUUCAUCCAAUCUUUACGUAGAUUCAUUGCCAGAAGAGGUAGACCUUACAUGAUAUAUUCCGACAACGAAACUAAUUUUGUAGGGACUAACAGUGUUCUUAAGAAAGUUAAUUGGAACGCCAUAUGUUCAGCUGCUUCCAUCCAAAGGAUACGAUGGAAGUUCAACCCUCCGACCACCGCCUGGUGGGGAGGUUGGUGGGAGAGGCUUGUGCAAAUGGUGAAAGAAAAUUUAAGAAAAGUGUUGUUAGGUCGAACGUCCUUAAAUUAUGAAGAAUUAUAUACUAUAUUAUGUGACUGUGAACAAGUGAUUAAUUCGCGACCUAUCACAUACGUAUCAGAGGAUAAUCAAGAUCCAUCACCACUGACCCCUAUGAUGUUCCUGCAAGAAUUGCCGUCAUCAGGCGUUUCUGAUAUGGACUACGUAGAUUCCAAAGAACUAAACCGCCGAGCCAAAUACCGACAGAGAAUAAGACAUGAUCUACGAAACAGAUUUCGUAAUGAAUAUCUUGGUCAGUUGAGACAAUAA